GAGCUGGCUCGAGGCUUCAGUUAAGCGUGAGCUGUCACCAAGCGAGAAGCGAGCACUGACCAGCGCCGACGCUGCCGGGCGCGAGCUCUCCGCAAGGGAGCAAGCUGUUCAAGCUUGGAUUGAACCGUCAUUCCACGCCGAGUGUUCAUAUUCGUAAAACUCGUUGACUCGUCAGAGUAGAAAGAGGAAGGAUCGAAUUGCGUUUUGUUUUUCAAAGUAUUAUCAAGAUAUCCUCAUGUUGAUGGAGGCCCGAUUCCGUUCAGCUCCGACGUCGUCGUCGUCGUCGUUGUCGUCGCCACCGCCGUCAGCUAUGCUGCAGCCGUCCUCAACUACACCGAGUGAUCGUGCUUCGUCCUCAGCAGUGUCCUGUGCUGUUUUCGUCCCUGUACGGUGAUAAUUUACACUCGUGGGAGACUCGUGCUUAUUGUACACAAAAUAACCUAGUCGCGUGGUUACCAACAUCCACUUAAGAACUCGAAAAAAGAAAUCGAAUUACCACUUGAAAGCAACAUCGAUUACAGUGCGCGAUUCACACCACCGCAAGACUAAGUUUCAUUUCUGUGUGUUGUACUCGUCGAUCGUGUCCAAGGGCUUGAAAAAGGGAGCGAGUCGUUCUCUUCUUCUCCUGGAUACGCGUCAUUAUUACAUCGUCAACAUUGCCUCGACGCGAGGCAAAAGCCCAACAACAUGGCAAUGAUGACUAUGGCGCUAUUGCAACGCUUCGUGAUUUUCGUGGUCCUUCUGGCCACUGACCAGGCCGACCUCCUCACAGUCUCAUCACUGAGUCGAGAAGGAAUCAUACCAACGCCAUCGCCUGACAUCACAAAGCAGCAAUUACUGAUCAAGUUUUACAGCGACGUUAGUUACAACAGAGGCAGCAACAUCGCCCCUAGCACGACCAUCACUGACCUCAACGCAGGUACAGAAGACGAUAGGAACAGCAACAGCAGCAGCAGCAAUAAUAACAACAACAACGGCGGCAGCGAAGAGAGCAGUGACGAGAACUUGGCCAAGUUCGGAAGUUCCGACGUAGAUGCCGAUUACAAGAGCGCAUUCGACGAGCAAUCGGAGAUCAAACGCGAUGGCCAUCGUAGCAGCAACAGCAACGGCAACGACACCACCGGAGAUGGACAGAGCGGCCCCCUGGACCCGUGGUCGAUCGUCUGGUACAUCGGCUCGUUCGGCGGCCUCGUGGCCUUCUUCCUGAUCGUCAGCUGCUCGGAGUGGUGCUGCCGACAGGGCGCGCGACCGCUCACGGUGCCGUGCACGCAGCGCGGCGAGAUCAUCAACAUGCCGCACGACGCCGUGGCCGUGGACCUGUCGCAGCCGCCGCCGCCCUAUCACCUGUUCGCGCCGCCGUCCUACACGACCCUCGGCUACCCGGACAUCUCGAAGGACAAGCUGGCCGCGCAGAGCCAGGCCGGGAGCGGCCAGAGCGAGAAGCUCGACAUCUACGUGAUCACCCUGCCGCCGGAGCAGCCACCGCAGCCGCCCCAGCAGGCCUCGCCCGCCUAGAAGCGGGUCCUCCUGGUGGCCAAAUCCCGGCUGCUGGGAACGACGAGGCUACUCAUGCUGCUGCUGUCGCCGAACCCCGAGGAGAGUCGACGGGCGAGGCGCCGCGAGCGCAGACACCGGAGUAGCGACAGGCGGAUCGUCGACACCGACGACGACGAGGACAAAAAAACAGAGGACCGAUUGCAUCGGCCGAGUGGUGCGCGCUAUUGAAUCUCUUCCGAAGCGCAUAUCUUGCCGAUUGCGCGAGUGUGCCUGUGACCGUGCGAGACUGCGUGUGAAAGUGUGCCUGAGAGCGUGUGAAUGUGUGCCAUCCCGACAGCCACCCGAUGCAUUUCCGUUUUUUCGCUUGGCGAUUCGCGAGCGCCACUGACAGGACAGUGAAAAGCGAAGAGCAAAGCAAAAAAUACUAACAGUGAGAAUUAGUGAAUUAAGAAGAAACAGUGUGUGUGUGUUUCGGACGCCGGUGCGCGCAGUGAACGAAGGACGAGGCUCGAGAGCGAGAGUGCCUGCGUCGUCUCGCCGCUACGUACGCGUGUCGCGCCUGCAACGAGAUCGAUUAGCCGACACGGACACUGACGCGGAGUCGCAGCGGCGCGAUGAUGGAUGGACGGCUCGCGAUUCGGGGCUUUGUGACGAGCGCCAGCUGCAGCUAUUCGAGCUCGCCAAAGCAAAGCUCCUUAUCAUCCUCGAUGCUGCAUUCUCGACGCAUACGCGCUCCAUAGAUGAAGCUCCAAAGAAAAGCACCAAAGUGCACCGACAAAACUCUACAACUAUUUAUAGAUAAUUAUUAAGCGCACUAAAAUAUACCUAUAUAUUUAUAAAUGAAUAAGCAUAUUUAAGCCGACUUUUUACUGCAUUAUACAUACAUAGGAUAUAUAGCAUAUAUAGAAUUUAUAGCGUAUGUAAAUGGAGAAACUCGCUCAUAAUCGACUUUACCGAUGCGAUUUUGGCGAGGACUCCCUAAAAACGGCAACAAAUUUACGACAAAGAGAUAAAUUAUUUCUUCGUAUUGUAAUAGACUUUGCAUUGUAAUAUCAAUUACUCUAUGUCAUUUGUAUCUAGAAUACGUUGAAAUAUGCCGACUCUCAAUGAACUGAUAUCCUAAUUAUGUAGUAUAAUAUUAUUGAUAUUAGCUUUUUGUUAUAAUACUAUUGAUUUAUCAACAUUACUGUUAUUGUCGUCGAUAUAUUUAGCAUAAAUCCACUUGUGUGAAAUAAUGUGUUCACUAAGACAAAAGAUGUGGCACACACACACACACUUGUACACACAUAUUGUAUAUAGCCAUUGUAGUCGUGAAAUGAUAUUAUUUGACAUUUUUCAUUUUUCAAAGUAAUGUAAAAAGAGCCAAUUGAAAACAAUUUUAGCUUCUAAUAUUAAAAUGACUAGUUUAAUACGUGCUCAGUCUUUUUCAAUUUUAUGAACAUUAUCUGCUUUUGGUGAGUCAAAUGUUGAAAAAAAAAAAAAAAAAAGAAAAUGACUCGCAGAACUACACGAACAUUAGGUUUUUUUAAGAAAAAAUAAACGAAGACGAGUCGAAAGAAGUGACGUGAAAAAUUAAAAGAAAGA